CAAAAAUACGAACGCGAACUAUGUAAACAAGCGGACCAAAAUGGAUGGACUCCGCUUCACAUGGCUGCAUACACGGGUAACAUUGAGCCAACAAAACUAUUGCUGGAAUUUGAUAGAGAGGUAGCAUAUAUGAAAGACGCAGAGGGUAGGAUAGCUCUUCACAUUGCAGCUCAUCGCAACAAAGGAGGAGUAACAAAAGAGAUUAUAUCAAUGUGUCCAGAUUGUUGCGAAGUGGUUGACAAUAAAGGCCGCAACGCACUCCAUCUCGCCCUGAUGACCAACUUGUGGCCAGAGGUAGCGCUAGUGAUACAAGAUAAUUCGUCUCUCCGGAAUCUUUUGAAUCAGAAGGACAACGACGGGAAUACACCUCUCCAUCACUAUUCCAUUUCUGCUCGUUACCACGACCGUGUCCUGAAUUCUCCAAGAGUUGACAAAAUGGUCUUCAACAAAAAGAACCAGACUGCUUAUCAAAUCUUAACAAGUAAAAGCUUUCCAUCUGUUGAUUUUAAGAAAAAGUUUCUGUUUUGGGACCAAGAGUGGAGCCAAUUACUUCAAGUGUUGUUUUGUGAUUUUUGGUAA